AUGUCUGCCAGCAAACCCAUCCUGAUCUCGGGCGGUGGCCUCUGUUCCCUGCUGCUGGCCCAAUCACUUCGCCGCUCCAACAUCCCCUUCCGAAUAUUCGAGCGCGAUGCGUCAUUUACGUUUCGUGCCCAAGGGUACCGACUGAGAUUGUCGUCAGAAGGGCUUGAUGCCAUUGAGUCGGUCCUUGAACCCCAGCUGUGGCAAAAGUUCUGGGAUAAAUGCGGCAAGACGGGAGGCCUUGGCUUUACCGCGCUCGACGCCAUCACUGGGGAAGUCACCGAGCAUGCAGCUCCUGAGAACCUGGCUUCCAGGGACGGCAAGGUUGUCGGCAUCGCUCGCGGAGACAUGCGGAAAGUAUUUGCCGAGGGCUGUGAGGAGCACAUCGAAUGGGCCAGGCACGUAACGGGCUACGAAUUAACCGACGACGGUGUGGUCGCUACAUUUGCCGAUGGAUCAAAGUCGAUUGAGGGUUCCAUGCUUGUGGGGGGCGAGGGCAUCUACUCCAAAGUCGCGAAGCAAGUGUCAGGCGGACGAAUCAAGGUAUUUGAUACAGGAGCCAGAGGAAUCCAUGGCCAGGCCCCCACGACUGCUUUCAAGGGCCUGGGAGAGGGAGUCUUUGCCGUGCGAGACAGGUCUCGGCCUGAUGGCGCCGUUUUCAUCAUCACGAAUGUGAGGCCUGAUCAGAUGAAUGACCCCAAUGUCGAGUUUGGAUGGACCAUGGGUGGCCAGCCAGGUGUCAUCCAGGUUCCAAACGACAACUACAGUAUCGUGGGCAAGCAAGCGGCCGACAUCGCAAAGUCGCUCGUGAAGAACUGGCACCCUCGCUUCAAGCCACUGUUCGACGAGAUGAACGAAUCAGAAGCGGCAUUCUGGAAAAUUACAUGUUCCAGCCCAUCCGGAGUUCCUGAGUGGCCAAAUGAGCCUCGCGUAACAGUCGUUGGAGAUGCCUGCCAUUCGAUGACGCCAGCAGGGGGUAUUGGAGCAAAUACUGCCGUGCAGGACUCUGCGCUCUUGGGAAGGUUGAUACGGGAGGCUGGAGGGUUCAAACCUGGCGUCACAGCGGCGUAUGAACGGGACAUGAGAGUCUAUGCGAGCAAAGCUGUUCACCAGAGCUACACCACGGCUGUCAGCUCAUUUGGUGUCAAGAUCGACGAAGCAACGAGUCCUACAGUCUGA